AUGGUGAUGAGCAUCACCCGUGACAUUACCGCCAUGGACGAUAUUCUCGACGUGCAGAGAAUGCCCUUGGCGGCUGUUCUCUUGCUCGAGAAGAUAGGGCUCACGGCUAUUUGGCUUGAGAACUAUUUUGGUCUCAGCAUUGGGACAGUACAACCGAUCAUUGAAUCGUUAGAACGAGCGAGUAAGCGAUGGACAAUCGCGAGCCAAAUUUUGGAGGAGCUAGGACAUGGCCGGCGAGAUUGA